AUGUCCGACGAAGGCUACCGCGAUGGGUACAAAGGUCUGAGCCACGAUCGAGAUCGGGACCGUGGACUCUAUCGCCGCGGAAGUAACCACCGCCCGUACGGAGGUCGAGAUUCAUACCGCGGCAACUAUCGCGAGCGAGAAAGAGACCCACGCGAUCGUGACCCUCGUGAUCGUGGUGAUCGUUACAGCGGUCGAUACGACCGUCAGGAUCGUUACCGUCCUGACCGAGACUACCGUGGGGGUGAUCGAGACUACCGCAAUAACGAUCGUGACUACCGGAACCACGAUCGUGACCACCGCCCUGGCGACCGCGAUCACCGGGUUGGCGACCGUGAGCAUCGAGACAAAGACUACCGGGGAGGUUCACGAGACCAUCAUGAACGUGACACUCGCGACCGUGAUCACCGUGAUCAUCGUGACCACCGUGAUCACCGAGACCGUGACCAACGAGCUGGUGAUCGGCCUCCUGCUUCUCACAGCUCGCCUCGUGAUCGACCUCUGUCAGGCUACGCCCCUCACGAGAAAGCAGCUGGUCCUCAUGGUAAACAUGGGCCGCAUGGGUAUGAGCGAAGCUCAAGUUAUGAACGUCGAGAAUCUCGGGACAAGCCUCGUAAAAAGCUGGCGCUGGCGUCGACUACUACCGUGGAGCUGAAAAAUCCCUGGGUGGACCAUUUUGGUGUCACGGACCCGGCGUUGGUGCAACUGAUGGAGUCGUCAUUCAAGCAAUUGCGUGAGGCCGAGAUCCGCUUAGCUGAGUUGGAGGCCACUCGCCUCAAGACGUUGGCAUCAAUGAACAAUUAUGAGCGACUUUUGAAGAAGGAGGCGUUAUCUAUCGCUUUACAAACCGAAAGAGUUGAGGAGUUGGCUCUUAUGUAA